AUGGGUGGUGAAAAUCAGAGUGGUGUGGAUAAUUUUAACGAUAAUAACAAUAAUCAAACAACCAAUAAUUGUUGUCAAUGCGGGGAUAUUUGUGUGACGCUGAAUGAAAAUCCAGAUUCUGGAUUAGUGCUUCUGUUCGGAUGGGCUGGUUGUAAUGAUCGAUAUUUAAUGAAAUAUUCACAAAUCUACGAAAGGGCUGGAUACUCGACAGUUCGAUUCACUGCCGACAUACAGAAGGUUCGAUCGUUCUCGUCCUAUCGAGCGUUCGCAUUGGAAAUCUAUGAGAAUGUUUUGGAGUCGUGCAAAUCGUCGUUUAUCGUCUUUCACGUGUUCAGUAUGAACGGAUGUUCAGUGUUUUGUGCGCUGUGGGAUUUGAUCGAAAAUUUGGCUGAUGCGGAUUUGUUUAAGGCAAAGAUUAAGGGGAUCAUUUAUGAUAGCGCACCUGCGAAUGUGAGUCCAUGGCAGAGUGCGACGGCGAUCUCGAUAGCCACAUUACCAACGGGCAAGUACUCAUCGACGCUUCGAGACACGUAUCGAUGCGUUCUGGCCGCAGGUCUAUCACUACAUCGAUCACUAAUCUGGCUCAGGUCACAGUUCGAGGCCAAUGUUUACGAGCGUAAUUUCGCAUUCUAUCGAAUGCUCUCGUUUACCGAACUGCCACCCCAUCAACUGUUUCUCUACUCGCAUUCAGAUGCCAUCUGCUCGUCGAAAUCCAUCGAAUCGUUCAUCAAUAAACAAAAAGAGAAUCGUAAUUUCAACAUCUCAAAAACAUGUUUCGUCAAUUCACCGCACUGUCAACACUAUCGUCUGCAUCCAAGUGACUAUGAACAAGCUUGUCUAAACUUUAUCACUUCGCUAAACUCUUAA